CUGCUGUGGUGAUGAUCAUCGUUAUCAAUCUUACACCUGAGUGGGACAGUCUGCCAAGGGACCUGAAAUACCUGGGACUCACACCUCCCACACUCUUGCCUCCUCAAUGCCUGGAAAUCUCGGAGUUAGAAAAAGUAAUUUUAGCACGCCCUCAGGUGGCCAAAUGGAAUACUGCAGCAAUGUCUUUGGAUGAAGGUUGGCGCUGUGGACAAACAUCUCGGAACAGGCCUUGGUGCUUGGCAAGUUGACUAUAGUGACCUUGGAAUUAAGUACAAUGAAGAUGGAAGAGCCACAAGAGCCUGGGUACCUGUGUUCCCAUCUGAAAAGUCACCUGCUGACCAGGAACAUCCAUACUGGACUGUUAGGGAUGGAUACAGCAGAACCCCAAUGACUGCUGAUGUGAAGUGGGCUUGUGUUCUGGACCAGUCCUGUUACUGGAUACUGUUGAAGCUGCCAAGAAAAGUGAACAAUGAAGCCGCCAUUUCUUUUGGCCCUUGUGGUCUGUUCUGUAGUCAGCACAAAUGUGAAGAUGGUGUCAAAAAGAAAUUCUGUGGAUGGCUGCAUUGACUGGUCAGUGGAUCUGAAGACAUACAUGGCUUUGGCAGGUGAACCAGUCCGAGUGAAAUGUGCCCUCUUCUACAGUUACAUCCGUACCAACUAUAGCAUGGCCCAGAGCACUGGGCUCAGGCUUAUGUGGUACAAAAACAAAGGUGAUUUGGAAGAGCCCAUCAUCUUUUCAGAGGUCAGGAUGAGCAAAGAGGAAGAUUCAAUAUGGUUUCACUCAGCUGAGGCACAAGACAGUGGAUUCUACACUUGUGUUUUAAGAAACUCGACCUAUUGCAUGAAGGUGUCGAUGUCCUUGACUGUUGCAGAGAAUGAAUCAGGUCUGUGCUACAAUAGCAGGAUCCGCUAUUUGGAAAAAUCUGAAGUCACUAAAAGAAAGGAGAUCUCCUGCCCAGACAUGGAUGACUUUAAAAAGUCCGAUCAGGAGCCUGAUGUUGUGUGGUACAAGGAAUGCAAGCCAAAAAUGUGGAGAAGCAUCAUAAUACAGAAAGGAAAUGCUCUUCUAAUCCAGGAAGUUCAAGAAGAAGAUGGAGGGAAUUACACUUGUGAGCUUAAGUAUGAAGGAAAACUUGUGAGAAGGACAACUGAAUUGAAAGUCACAGCUUUACUCACAGACAAGCCUCCCAAGCCAUUGUUCCCCAUGGAGAAUCAGCCAAGUGUUAUAGAUGUCCAGCUGGGUAAGCCUCUGAACAUCCCUUGCAAAGCAUUCUUUGGAUUCAGUGGAGAGUCCGGACCAAUGAUUUAUUGGAUGAAAGGGGAGAAGUUCAUUGAGGAACUGGCAGGUCACAUUAGAGAAGGUGAAAUAAGGCUCCUCAAAGAACAUCUUGGAGAAAAAGAAGUUGAGUUGGCACUCAUCUUUGAUUCAGUGGUGGAGGCUGACCUGGCAAAUUAUACCUGCCAUGUGGAAAACCGAAAUGGACGAAAACAUGCCAGUGUCCUGCUGCGUAAAAAGGAUUUAAUCUACAAAAUUGAGCUUGCAGGAGGCCUGGGAGCAAUCUUCCUCCUCCUUGUACUGCUCGUGGUUAUCUACAAAUGCUACAAUAUUGAACUGAUGCUCUUCUACCGACAGCAUUUUGGAGGUGAUGAAACUACAGAUGACAACAAGGAAUAUGAUGCCUAUCUCUCUUACACAAAAGUGGACCAAGAUACUUUAGACUGUGACAACCCUGAAGAAGAGCAGUUUGCUCUUGAAAUACUGCCAGAUGUUCUGGAAAAACAUUAUGGAUAUAAACUCUUCAUUCCAGAAAGGGACUUGAUUCCAAGUGGAACAUACAUUGAAGAUCUCACAAGAUGUGUUGAGCAAAGCAGAAGACUUAUUAUCGUGCUAACUCCAGACUAUAUUCUCAGACGAGGAUGGAGUAUUUUCGAAUUGGAAAGCAGACUCCAUAACAUGCUAGUCAGUGGAGAAAUCAAAGUGAUUUUGAUUGAGUGUACAGAAUUAAAAGGGAAGGUGAAUUGCCAGGAAGUGGAAUCAUUAAAGCGCAGCAUCAAACUUCUGUCCCUGAUCAAGUGGAAGGGACCCAAAAGCAGCAAAUUAAAUUCUAAGUUUUGGAAGCACUUAGUAUAUGAAAUGCCCACCAAGAAAAAAGAAAUGCUUUCUCGGUGCCAUGUUCUGGACUCUGCAGAACAAGGACUUUUUGGAGAACUCCAGCCUAUACCCUCUAUUGCCAUGACCAGUACCUCGGCCUCCCUGGUGUCAUCCCAAGCUGAUCUCCCAGAUUUCCACCAUUCAGAUUCGAUGCAAAUGAGGCACUGUUGCAGAGGUUAUAAACACGAGAUGCCAACCACCACCUUGCCGGUACCUUCUUUAGGCAAUCUCCACACUUACUGUAACCUGCCUCUGACGCUACUCAAUGGACAGCUACCUGUUAAUGCUCUGAAAGAUACCCAGGAAUUUCAUAGGAACAGUUCCCUGCUACCUUUAUCAUCCAAAGAGCUUAGCUUCACCAGUGAUAUUUGGUAGUGGAAAAUCUGAAUUCCUCUGAACAGCUACGUGAGCAUACAAAAUUUCUGCUAUUCCAAGCAUAAAGUACACCUAAUAACACUGAGGUGCUGAAAAAGUGUUUGAAGAAAAAGGCACAGAAAUCACUUUUGUAUCUAAAUUUUUUUGUUUACAUUUCCAGAAUAAUGGGGGGAUAGAAGGACCUGCUUUUGUAGUAUAGUACCUCAUUCCAAUGUACAGUUUUGAUUUCUUCCCAAAAAGAAAAAAAAAAUUAAAUCCUAUUGUUUUAGAGUAGGUUUUAUGAUACCACAUAGACUGCAAGUUUUGUAGGUAAGCUAUCUUCCCCAUAUUUGUGACUAUUUCAGAAUUUACAUGGCUUUUGAAAUAAGGAAAAUUUAAAGACUUUAAUUGAAUUUGAAAAUUCUGAACCAAGAUUAAAGGGAACAGAGAACUUCUGUAGAGUAACUGAAAAUCAGGAAUCAUCAAGAAAGAAGUGUUGAGGCAUCCCAAUUGGAAGAUUGUAGAAGAGGAUCAGCUGAGAAAAAAUGAUUGAAACGUUUAGAACUGCUUCAGCAUAAUGGACAACUUCUGUAUACUAAAUCAACAGCUCAUAAUGACAGCUAUUAGUUUUAUUAG